AUGUCAAAGAUUUUCUCACGAUCUAUGUCUGAAUCUAAGCUGAUAACAUUCAGGUCUACAAAUAUCUGUCUUGAACACGAAACAAAUGAUUUUACCCGCAAACUUGAGCGAGAACGAAGGGUUUCUAAUCUCUUAAACAAAGAUCUUGAAGAGCUUGUGGAAGAACUGGGAAUCAAGAAUAAAAAGCUUCAUAGGAAAAUAGACGACCAAAGAAAUCGUAAAGGAAAACAAAAAAUCGGAAUUUUAGAGGAAAAUCUUGACAGGUCACUAAAACAGCUGAGCGAAAUUAAAGUGCUAAAUCUUGCAUUGAAAAACAAGAUAUGUGCUUUUAGAAAAGAAAAAAACUUGUAUAAAACAAGAAAUGAAGGCUUAAAACACAAUAUUGAGGAAGUUAAGUCAUUUUCGAGUAAACUCAGAUCAGAAUCAAUUGACUCGCUAAAGGUUUAUGACUAUAUGAAAGAGAAAAUUGAUGGUGCAGAGAAAUCGAAAGAAGCUUUGAGGAAUAGCAUCCACGAUAAAAUUGGCACACUAGCAAGCCAAAUUCUUAGUGAAGCUCAUGAUGGGAAUCGAUAUUUGCAUGGAAUCUCAGUCAAGCUGGCUGAUCCAAUUGCUAACGCUUCAGAAGUCUUCCAAAUAAUAAAGAAUCAAGCAAACUUAUGAAAACAAAACUGCAUUAAGAAAAGGUCUUCUAUUAAUGAAUACUCGGAUUUUAUAAAAAUUUUGAAUGAUGGGAUGGAGAAAAUGAGAAGAAGCAGCAAAAAAGCUUUAUUAAAUGAAAAUGUAAAUGCUUUUUUAAACUAUUUCGAAGAAUCAAAUAAGCUUUCAGAAUAUCUUGAUAAGCUUAGAGAUGAUUUAUCUAGAAAUGAAGAUGAACUGAGCUCGACAAGACACCAAAUAAAUCUUUUUCGUUCGUGCAAAGAAGUAGAUAAAAAUGAUAGGAAUUCUAAAUUGAAACAAAUUGAUAACGAAAUUGAUAGCUCUCCACUUUUAAAUUGGAACAAAAUAUGUGUAAAAUUUCCAUUUUUUAUAUAUUAACUCCUUAUUAAAUUUUAAACAAAAUUUUUGGAAAAUUUUAUAGAUAAAAAUAUGAUCCUUAUAUAAUAGUUUUGAACUAGUUUAAUGGGGUAAGUGCAAGUAGAAUAUUAUUUAAGCAGGCAUAGAAAUUUUUUGAAAUAUUUUUCAUAAAAAUAAAUAAAACAAAAAGUAUGUUCAAUUUAUUUUUUUAAUUUUCUAAAUAUUUGAUAUUGAUUUUUUUUAAAAAAAAAAAUAAGCCCCUUUAAAUUGUGACAUAAAUUUUUGUCCAAAUUUAAAGGGGUGUAGUAAAACAAUACAAUUAAGUCAAGAUCUUACACAGAGCUCUGAAGACAUGACAGAAAAAGUAAAAAAUUUGAAUGGGCCUUUAACAAGUAUUUCAAGAAAUCUUAAAACUCUUGGACUAAUUGAGGGUUUUGAAUAUGGCUUGGAUUCAAGUAAAAAUGCUAUCGAAUUAUUACAAAAAUUAGAAAAAGGAAUCGACUUAAUAAUAUUUUCAUCCCAAAAUUUAAGCAGAAAUGAUGAUAUCAUUUUACCACCUAUUCAAAAGCUAAAGCCUUCUGAUGUUGAUAUUGAAGCUUUUAUUGAUCCUGAAGAAGUGAGUUAUCCCUUUACCGUGCAAGAUUUAAGACAAAAGGCAACGAAAUCCUUACAAUUUUUUAAAGAAAGCCAUAAAUAA